AUGGCCGAGAGCUCCCAAGCAGAAGCUGCGGCUCCGCCGUACGCGGCGGCCCCGGACGAGGACGGCGACUACAACGACGAGGAGGAGGACGCGUACCUGCUGCACAACCUGGCGGAGCAGGGCCGCGUGGACCGGCUGCGCUCGCUGCUGCCGCUGCCGUCCGAGUGCGCGGAGCCGCCGCCGCGCCUGAGCGUGCUGUCGAGCGAGACGAGUCUGCUGGAGAAGGACGACAUGGGUUUCCUGCCCCUGCACGUGGCCGCGAUCCACCAGCAGACGGACUGCGCGCUGCACCUGCUGCGCUACUCGCCGGCGCUCACGAGCGCCAUGCUGCGGCUGAAGGGCGGCGACUUCGGCACGCCCUUCCUGCACCUGGUGCUGCGGGUCGGGGCCAUCAACGCCGCGUUCAGCGAGGCUCUGAUCGACGAGCUGUUCGCCAAGAGGGAGCAGGAGGCGACUGGUCAGGAUUUCUACGGCGAGGACGUGCGCGCGCUGCUGUUCGAGAAGGUGGCGGCGAGGGACGAGGAGGGCAACACGGUCUUCCACCUGUGCGCACGCUACGACCUCGUCAAGUGUCUGGACGUGCUGGCGGCGUUCUACAAGCGGCAGUUGUCUGCCUUGGAAGCGGAAGACAAGAGUGCUCCUGAGCCUGAUGGGGCCAGGAAGAAGAAGCCGCUUGCACUCGAGACGCUGCUGGAGAAGGGCAGCAAGGUGGGAUUCCGGCCGCUGCACGAGGCCAUGAAGUACCGAGCUGCUGGCGCCGCCAGGAGGCUGGUGAACGAGUAUUGCGUGAACGUGAACCCGGUGACGCCUCUGCAGCAGACGCCGGCGCAUAUUGCGGCACUUGCAGAGUUCGCUGAAGGCGUGGAGAUUCUGCGCAAUUCUCCUCGAAGUGGAGCAGCCAACUUCUCGCUCGAGGACUCGCAUGGGUGCACGGCAGCCCACGUUGCUCGCAGGUGCGGCUUCGCUGCGCUUGAGGCACGUUUGCUUGCAGCAGAAGAAGGGAAAGGCGUCGAAGAGGCUGCCGAUCACCCAGUGGACGUGGCACAAGGAGACCAGACUCGGUUCUUUUUCCACCCUGAGGUGUGGCGGCAUUUGCCCAUGGCUUAUCAUCGUCGAGGCGGGCCAGACCCCCCACCCGAAAACCCCGAGCGAAUCGACACGCUCGUGGAUCCGGUGUUCGGUAUCCUGUGGUCUCGUGAGUUCCAGCGACCGAAUGUGAAGUGGGACCAUGAAAUCGAGCGCGCAGACAUCGCCGACAUUCUGCGCGUGCACGAAUUCCACUACGUCAAUCGCCUGCGCCAGAAGUGCGCGCCUCUUGCUGCGUCCGUAGUGGGCAAGACACCGGUCGUGUCUAAGAACGACGGUACAGGCCACCACCAGUUUCCGGGCCAGCCGAAGCGCGCGCCUAAUGAUGGUGGCGACGAUGUUGAGGAGUGCCACGCCACGUUCUCGUUAGAUUUGGAUACGGCUUUGUCGGUCCGUUCAUAUGACGCGGCCGCCCGUGCUGCCGGAGCAGUGUGCAAGGCGGUAGACGAGGUCGUGGCGGGCAAGUGCAGGAAUGCGUUCUGUAUCGUACGACCACCAGGGCAUCAUGCCGGGCCGGUGGGCAAGGUCGUGUGUGAGAACGACCCAGAGGGGAGCCUCGGCUUCUGUCUAUUCAACAACGUUGCCGUUGGCGCAGCGUAUGCUCGCGCGCACCUGAAGCAUCGCGGGGUCAACAAGGUGGCCAUUCUGGAUUUCGAUGUGCACCAUGGCAACGGCACGGAGGAGAUCGUCCGGCAGCUUGUGCCAUCCACGAAAGAGAUCGCCUUCGAGACACCUUACGGCACAGGGAAGCAGGUUGUCCACCAGUACAAACCCUGGCGCAAUGACGACGACGCGGAGAACGUUUUCUUUUGCUCUGUGCACGGCUACGGGCACAAGGACCCCGAGAACAAGGAGGAGCUGGCAAAGGGUCAAGUUCAGGGGUGGUUCUAUCCUGGCUCGGGCGUCUCAAGCGUGAAAGAAUCUCCUGUCAUUUGGGACGAAGGCUUGGAAUUCUGCCGCGAGGGGUCCUCCGCCUCGCGCCUGAAAUGGCGCAGCGCGCUCCGGGAUCGCAUCUUGCCCAAGUUGCGUGAAUUCAACCCGGACCUCAUUUUCCUGUCGGCCGGCUUCGACGCCCACAAGAAGGAGCUCGUGAACUGGGGGUACGUUUCGCUGCUGGAGCAGGACUACGAGUGGCUCGUGGGCCACGUAAAGCAGAUCGCUAACACGUGCUGCGACGGCCGGCUGAUCUCGGUGCUGGAAGGCGGCUACAAUUUCCACGGCCGCAUGGUCUCGCCCUUCGCGCGCAGUGUCGCGGCGCAUACGCGGGCGCUCAUCAACCCGGCGCAGGAGCCCUGGGACGAGGAGGAGAUCGCGAAAGAGGCCAAGCACGAGCAGGCGCUGCUGGCUAAGUACCUCGCCCCGGCAGCGACCCCAGCCGUGACGAUGCUGCAAGCGAAGAAGCGCGCCAAGGCCGACGCUGCAGAGCCCCUCGUGCGGCCCAGGAGCAAGCGCGCGAGGAAAGACGUGGACUACGUGGCGCUGGCCAAGGAGCUCGCCGAGCAGGGCCAGCAAUAG